AACCCCUGAGUAACUAUUAGGUAUAUCGCUAACUUAUUGAAAGCUACCGUGUCUCUCCAAACCUAUUAUGAGGUUCCCCAUAUCGCCGUUUCCAAAUUUUUCGGACGGGAACAGCUUCUAUGCAAUAUCGACACAUGCCUCAAGCAACAACGAAAUGACAAGGCGAAGCCUACAACAGUGGUGUUGCAGGCAAUGGGGGGACAAGGAAAGAGCCAAAUUGCAUUGGAGUACUGUAGAAGGUCAAAAGAAGACUAUCGCGGCAUCUUUUGGGUCGAUGCAACCUCAAGAGACACAGCAGAAAGAAGUUUUGAGAACAUUGCUACGAGGCUUAACAAGGUAGCCGCAGACAGUGCAUAUGACGUCGCUGCAAUGGUCAAUCUUGUGUUGGAUACGAUCGGACAAUGGAAACAGCCCUGGUUACUUGUUUUCGAUAAUUAUGAUCGCCUCGAGGAUUUUCGAACCGUUAGGGACUUUUUCCCUGAUUGCGGCCAUGGCUCUAUCAUCAUUACCAGCCGGCACGAGGGUGUGAAAUUCUUGGGAAAAUUGAUUCCCAUUCCAUCCAUGACAGACGACGGGGGACUAGAGCUUCUACUCCGGGAUUCUCCACCUCAGCUUUCUGAGAGCGAUCAGUACUAUGGCGAACAGAUCGUAAGACGUCUUGGUGGCCUUGCCCUAGCGAUCGAACAAGCCGCUGCCUUUAUCGAUUUUCGGCAGAUGGAGUUGCCGGACUUCUUGCCAAUAUAUGAGAAAAAGAGAAAAGAAGUACUACAACAUACGAGAGAGCUCUGGGAGUACCGAAGGCAUACACAUGACUCAGAAGAGAAGGUAGAACUAACGGCGUUCACGACAUGGGAAAUGAGCUUCGAACAAAUCAAAGGUCGUGACCAGGAUUAUCGAGAGGAUAUAACGAGAUUUUUAAGCGUGUCUGCUUUCCUUGAGCCUUCGAAGAUUACGGAAUACCUCUUUCGUAAGGGUCACGAACUGAACCACGCAUCGAUCCACUGGCUCAGCAUUUUUACUUUCCCAGACUCAGACUCAGACUCAGGCUCUGACACAACAGAUGAAGAUAAUAUACGGCCAUGCUGGGAUCAAAAUGAAUUCGAACAAAUACUUCAGCACCUCCGUCGCCUGUCCUUAAUCCAGAGCACCCAAAGUACGAGGACAAGCAUUUGGUUCUCGAUACAUCCACUUAUACGCGACUGGCUCCAGUUACGGGAGAAAUCAUCCGUCCGGAAAGAAAUCCUACGAGAAGUUAUUAGACUAGUAGCAUCGGUAAUAUAUGAUGCAAUAGAAGGAGCUCCCCUUGAGAUCAAGCAUGAACUUCUCACACAUCUUGAUUCAUGUAUGAGUAACCACUCAUUGCUUGAGGCUAGAGAGCUAGGCAGUCUAAAGAUGGGAUUCGAGACAACAAUCUUCGGUGAAUUUUAUAGGUCCCAAGGGCAUUACAAAAAGUCAGAAGAACUUUUUGAAAUCCUUCUACGGGAGGAAGAAUCAAAAUUAGGACAGGAGCACCCAGAUACGCUGUCUAGCAUAGCAAAUCUCGCGUCAACGUUUUGUGACCAGGGAAGGUGGAAGGAGGCAGAAGAGCUAGAGGUGCAGGUGAU